GUGAAGGGGAACACACGCACACACGCACGCACACCUCCUCCUCCACCACCACCACCACCGCCUCCACCUCCACACUUCAUCACCACCGCCUCCGCGCUCCACACCACCACCGCCCGGCGCUGACUAAAAAGAAAGAAAAGGAAAAGAAAGAAAAUUACGAAGAAAAGUAUAAAUCAAUAAAAAGUGAAGGAACUUGAAAACCGUGAAUGAGGAAGCGAAGAAAAUAGAGAAAAAGGGAGAAAGAGAAAUAGAGAGAAAGAGAGAGAGGGAGAGAAAAAUGAGAACUUGAGGGAGAGUGAGGAGAAAGAUGUGAGGGAGGAGGCAACUUCUCUCUCCCUCUCUCUCCCUCUCCCUCUCCCUCCCCUUCCCUUCCUUUCUUCUCCCUUUUCCUUCCCAUCACUGCUCUCUCUCUCUCUCUCUCUCUCUCUCUCUCUCUCUCACUGCGGAUUCUACAUUUCCAGCAAUUUGGUAGACGGCGGGAAGUAUGGUGUCAAGGGAGGAAUGGUUACAAGAAGUCACUAUCACCACCACCACUACUAAUACUACCACUACUACUACUACUACUACUACUACUACUACUACUACUACUGCUGCUACUACUGGUGUUAGUUAAGAAAGACCAGGGUGCUAACGCCGCUGUUGAGGCGGCACCAUGGUCCAGUGGCCGCCGCGAGAGGGCACGAGAGAGGUCACCACUCCCCGCCACCACCACCACCUCUCCCUCACGCCCCCCGCCUCCCCCACCCCCACCCCCCACACUGCCGGGGAGGGGGCCGGCGGCACAUGUGGGCCCCCUACUCACACCCCGUCCCCAGGCCCCUCCUCACCCUACGUCCUAGGGGUUGGGGUAGGCCUAGCUGACCCUCCUACACCCCCCACACCACGUUUCACCCCUUCCCCUCACCCCCACGCCCCAAACGGCACCCCCUCCUCCUCCCCCUCUACGAAUGGGGUGAAUGGGGUUGGGGGAAGACUGGCGGCCAUGGAGGUGCGGGAGGAGGAAGAGGAGGUGGAGGAGGAGGUGGUGGAGCUUGAGGAGGACUACGAGGAUGAGUCAGAGGACGAGAGUGACCUCAGGUGUGGUCUGGGCCGGUGGUGUUCCCCCCGGUGGGCCCAGGUGUUCGCGGUCAAGCAGGUGUUCUUGGUCGUGUUCUCCCUGACGUCUGUGCUCCAGGGAAUGUUCUAUACCUACUACGUGAGCGUCCUGACCACCGUGGAGCGCCUAUUCCAGUUCAAAAGCAAGACAACUGGGAUCAUUAUGAGUGCGACGGAGAUGGGACAGAUCGGCGGGGCGUUGCUUCUGGCUUACUACGGCGGGCAGGGGCACAGGCCGAAGUGGAUAGGCUGGGGUAUGCUCCUCUUCGCCUUCUGCUCUUUCCUCAGUGCUCUCCCUCACUUCCUCUACGGCACAGAGCUCAUAAGGAAACAUUUAGAGUCCACCCCCACGCAGGAUGGUCUCUUCGCGAGCUCUAAUCUGUGUAGACCGCAAAAAGGGGAAGGAGACGUUAAUCCCUUCACUUCCCCCUUGAGUGACGUCGCGAGUGAUCCGUUUUCCUAUAAUGUGACGAUGCAUCCUGAUUCCCUCGUCUUGGAUCCCACGGCCGCGGCUCUGGAUUGCGAGUCGCCCGAAGCGGAGGCCCAAGUGGUGCUGUCUAUCUUCUUCCUGUCCCUCCUCGGCAUCGGCAUUGGGCAGACCGCGGCCUACAACCUCGGCAUCCCCUACAUCGAUGACAACAUAGCCAACCAGGAGACGCCGAUCUAUUUUGCCGUCACCAGCGGGGUACGAAUCCUCGGGCCAACCUUCGGCUUCGUCCUGGGCUUCGUGUGCACUCGUCUCUAUGUUGACCCCCUGGCUGACCCCGGCAUCGAACCCACGGACCCACGAUGGAUAGGGGCGUGGUGGCUAGGCUUGGUGGUGGUGGCGGCAACACUGUCCCUCACCAGUAUUGCCAUGUUUGCUUUCCCUCGUCAUCUCCCCCGCCCCCGCCGCCGCCGCCACCCUCCCCCUCCCUCCCACCACCUCGACCCCUAUCAAGCCGUGGCCCCCUGCCCCCGCCCCAAUACCCUCGCCAUACCGCCCCGGCCCCGCUCGCGCCCCAUGCCCCGACGGAACACUUCGCUAACAGACUUCGCGCGGGCGGUGUGGCGGCUACUGAGGAACCGUAUUCUGCUUCUGCGCACGGCCAGUAACGUGUUGCAUAUUCUGCCUAUCGCCGGCCUCUAUACCUUCCUGCCCAAGUACCUCGAGAGUCAGUUCCGGUUGCCCGUACACAGCGCCGCCCUCGUCUCCGGCAUCGGGGGCAUUCUGGUGAUGGGUGUGGGCAUCUUCGCGUCUGGUCUCUACAUCUGGCAGGCAAAACCAUCGCCGAGAACCGUGGCAGCCUGGAUAGCCCUCAGCGCCCUCGUGUAUGCGAUAGGCAUGGUAAUACUUAUGUUCGUGGGCUGCCCCCCUGAGGACUUCGUGGGACUGGUGGAGGACGAGGACGGCAAGCAUUUCGAGCCGAUGUGUGACCUGGACUGCGGGGAGUGUGACCUGACCACCUUCGCGCCCGUGUGUGACCCCGCGCGCCACAAGGCAUACUUCUCCCCUUGCCACGCGGGGUGCUCCAACGCCUCGCGCCGCGCAGACACGAAGGAGCUGGUGUUCUCCCACUGUAACUGUCUGGAGGAAGGGGAUACUGUGGUGAUGAAGACGUGUGGGGCGGAGUGCAACAAUUUUGAGUGGUACGUGGUCAUCUUCUCCGCCUUCGUCCUGGUCCACUCCACGUCCGAGGUUGGCGGGAUGCUGCUGACGCUCCGCUGUGUGGCCCCCAAGGACAAGGCCAUGGCACUCGGGCUCAUCUCCGUGGCUAUAGGAUUGUUAAGCAAUGUCCCGUGCCCCAUCAUCUACGGGGCAGUGGUGGACGCCGCUUGCAUUCAGUGGAAGGAGACUUGCAGCCGCCCUGGAGCGUGUCAACUCUACGACACGGAUGCCUUCAGGAUGUUCUUCCACGGUAUGACAGGUGCGGUGAUGCUGCUUGCUUUCUUCGUCGACAUUAGCGUGUGGUACCUCGCCGACACCAUCACCUUCGACGACAAUGCCUCCUCGUCACCCAUCUCCUCCCCCAUCAAGUCCCCCGCCACCCCCGAGCCCCCCGUCGCCCUCCCCGUCACCCACACCCCGUCGUCGCCCACGUCCGCCCCAUUCCCGUCGACGAGUCAGGAGUCGACACCAAUGCUCCUUCGUCCUCAAGUGGAGUCAUCGUUUAUCCAUAGCGAUGGUGGUGGUGGUGGUGGUGGUGAUGGUGAUAGGCAGUGAGGUGAUGAUGGGGUGAUAGAUUGGUAGGUAGAUAGGUAGGUAGGGUGACAGGUUGCUUUUCUUUAUUGCUUUUUUUUUGUUUUUUUAUUUGGGGAUUGUAUUUUUUUAUUUACAAGAGAGUUGGAGGUUGCAGGAUUGAGUGUGCUGAGAGGGAGUGCUUCUUGAGAGAGUUGGAGGCAGCAGGAUUGAGUGUGUUGAGAGGGAGUGCUUCUUGAGAGAGUUGGAGGCAGCAGGAUUGAGUGUGCUGAGAGGGAGUGCCAGAACAGGGAGAGAUGGGGACACUUCUGCUGCGGCCACCCCCUGGAGGGAAGUUCCCGUGAGGAGGCAGUGCGUCGGAGAUACAGAUAAAAUAGAUAGAUUUUUCAUUUGAUUAUUUUGUUUAUCGGUAUGUUUUUGGGGGUAAAGGGUUGAGAUUGGUCGUACUGACGUGCCCAUAUCUUGUUUUCUACCUGACGAAGUACUCUUGUGUUAUCAUAAAUGUUUUCUACUGACCUUCAAACCUCCCACAACACACUAGGAAAGAGUGAAAAGAUCAAAACAAGCAAAAAUAAUCCUGAGGUGUUUAUGCAAGGUAGCCUAGCAAAGAAUGUUUACAUAUGACAACGGAAGAGCAAUUGGUUCAGUAGGAUUGAUUGUUUGAUUGAUUGAUAGUUUAUUGUUGCAAGUAGGAAGCUAGAUAUCGAAACAUUGAUAAAACUCAUCCCUACCGGGUAAAGAAUGUAUGGAUAAGCUAGGUUUGGGUGUGACGUAUUUUUCCAUUUUGAAAUUUAACCGGAAGGGAAUUUUUUAUGACAAUGGCAAAAACAAACAAUGCAAGUAUAGACGAAGGAAGGAAGGAAGCUUAACUCUCAGCCUCGCUCGAAAGACUAUAGACGACGUAAGAGAGUUGUUUUGAGACUAAAUAAAUGAAAAUACUUAAAAUAAGGUCAUUGAUUCUGGAGGUAGAAGAGAAGAGAAUUGGUGUGACAUUUCUUUAUUUUUCUAUUUUAUUUCUUUGAUAUUGUAGAAUUAUUUUCUCUGUUAAGACUGUAGAUAUAUAAAAUAAUUAAGAUAAGGAAAACGAUUGUGAAUGUGAGGGAGUAUAGAUGUCGCGAAUGAAUCUCUUAGCAUUCAUAAAUAAAGAAUAAUUAUAGAAACGUGAAACAAGGUACAUAGCGACGGUGCAGUACAUGGUAGAAUUAAUUAAGUAAGUGAGUUUUUCAAUAUCAAUAAGGAAAUCAAUGAGUUAAUUUGUAUUUUUGUAAUGAUUGAUGAUGUAGUGAUGCGUUUCAAAUAUGGAGAUUAUAGUAUUUAUGACUUUUUUUGUUUUGUUUUGUUUUUUUGUAUCGCUGGCUAAAAUUUUAAAUGCCGGCUAAAAUCAAUGACUCCGCUCGACAAACAGAAUGAGGAGAGAAAAGUGGAGAUUAAAAAGUCAUUGAAAGAAGAAGUACGUAGAAAUGAAUUAAGUUUGAAGAAGAUGUGACUGAAAGAUUUGUAGGAUUAGUGAAUAAAGUU